UUUUUUCCAGAUGAAAAAGUUUUUGGUAACACGUGAAUUUCAGGUCAAUUUUACUGAUGCUCUCAAAAAUGAUCAAUUAGAAAAUUGGCACAAUUGUAGAAUUGAACAAGUAGAAAAUAUCGGACAAUUUUUGAAGAGUCUGAAAAUCCAAGGAUACGGUUUUGAAACAUCUGUUAUUUGCAAACAUUUGUGCGAUAAUUUUUCAAAAUUCUACACAUUAUUUUGGCAAAUUGAACAAUCUCCGAAGAAAAAUCAAUUUUUGAGAAUCGGAAAAUUUCUCAGCACAUUGAGAAGCGACCGCGACGAAAAAGAUGUCAUCAAAGAGUUUAAUCGCAAACUUAUAAAAUACAAACAGCAAAAAAGAUGGUCGAAAAUGUUCGAGUACUGCAAAUUCUAUGUGGACUCAAUACUAGAGCAAUUGAGAACUCAGUAUCAUUUAGAUAUACGAAUUGAGGGUGAUGAUGGAAAAUUUUAUUACACAUUUUCUGACGCUGAAAAAAAGAAAAAUGGCAGAAUUAAGUCUGAACAAUUUUUGAAUGUACAUCAGCGGACAGGUAGACACAAUUGGUAUCCUUCAAAAUCGCUUAGAGAGCGGCCUAGAAAAAUUAAAGAAUCUUCGGUGGAAGCUUCGAUAGUGCCAAAAUCUAUAAAUCACUCUGAAAUUCGAAGAUGUCGCUCUGCUGAGCAGCUCUCGUGCUUUUCCCAAACUUCUCAGGAAGUCAAGAAUUUUGAAACUAAACCAGACGACCUGGAGGCACAGGAAUUAAUUAUCAAAGAAACAAGAGGUUGCAGUACUGUGUCUGUAACGCUUCAAAACUCUGAAGCCCCUGAGAAUAUUCUGGAAGAUCGUAUAGAGCAAGAAAAUCUUAGAAAACUUGGAGAAACAAGAACAUUCCGAGCUUUAAGUAUCGAAUCCGUCGAGUCGGAUGUAACUGAUAAUUCAUUUGAAAUGAAGUUGAAGGCACAAGAAGCAGAAGGUGCUGCAAAACUUCUGGAAGCACAAAGUAACCGGGAGAAUACGAAUUUCGUCAAGAAAGAACUUCACAAAUUGAUUAAUAGUUUUUGA